AUGAGAAUAAGCACUAUUUUUCUUCUGCCGUAUGCAUGCUGCAAAGUGUCCUACGAGGUUGCGCAGGCCAUACAGGAAAGCAGAAAAAGCUACAAUCUAAAACCGCUGGAAAUAAUUCAAUCUGUGAUAGAUGUAUCGAGAGACAGAGUGGAGGAGCUGGCAGAGUCUUACGAGAAGUACAGCAACUCAGACUACCUCAGAAGAGUUGUUGAGAAGCACGGGAUUAGGCCAUUUGCCAUGGGAGAGAACAACGGAAAAAGCAGAAACAAAGAGAAUAACGGACUGGAUAUUUUCGAAGAGUGGCUGAGAUCAGAAAAACACAGGAAAAACAUCGUAAAGACGCCAGAAUAUACACACCUAGGCGUGUACAUGCUCAAAACAGAGACAAAUCUGUACAUCUCCGCGGUAUUUUUCCAGAUGAAAGAAACACAGUCAGAGAUUGCAAAGAUCAGACAGGAAAUGGAAAAAGAGCAUGAUUUAGGCCGGGGAAUGUCCAUUAGAAGCUCAUACAUUGACAAAAUAAAGAAAACAGUGCCUAUGAGCAUGCUUUACAGUGCACCCGAAAAAACAGAAGUGAAAAAAGCGAUAUCCAGCCAGAUAAAUUCUCCAGCCCUUUCAAAUCCAACUAGUCUGCCUACUGGAAAAGAUGCACACUCGUCUCUGCAAGAAGUUAGCACUCCGUUUAGCACAGUCCAGCUAGUGUAUCCGAACUCCUUAGACAUAAAAAAUUUAUCGCCAUCUAACACACCCAUUCAAUUCGUAUACCAGCCAUCUGAGCCCCAGAAGCAGAAAACAUCCCAGAAUACAAGUAGUGAAGGUGUGCAGGGAACUCCUGAUUCUUUGAGCUCAAAUCAACUAUCAUCUGCUAACAAGGCAGAACCAUCUUCUCCAAAUUCAAAUUCAAAUUCAAAUGAGAAUCCGAAUGCGAGUGUGAAUCCAAGUCCAAACACAAAUCCAGAUGCAAACUCAAAUCCAAACCAAAAGACUAUUAUUAAGCUGAUCAUGGUCCAGCCAGUGAGCAAUAACUCCAGCAAUCCCCUGGAGAUAGUCACGCACUGA